AUGCAUCUUCUACGUAUCUUCGAAGCAGCAAACGGUGAAUAUCAUUGGUUUCUCCGUCAACGAUUUAGAGAUCGGAUACGGCAGACAUACUCCCAGCCUACAAGUCACGUCGACGACAGAAAUUGGUUCUGCCAACUGUCCCUUGUUUUGGCCCUGGGGCAAGCUCUGGAGGAGGAACCAAAACAAGAGUCCGAAGAGACUAAUGACCCAUGGGAUUUCAAUCAACCUUCAGAUCCAUUAGAUCUUUUUGGACAAGCUGUGUCUUUAUUAACUAUCUCCGAGACUUUAACAUCGGGGGACCUUGAAACACUAAAUCUCAUGGCUUAUUACUGCCAUUUUACAAAUCGCCCAAAGUCAGCUAUUAUCUACGUCAGCCAGAGCAUAGCGCUAGCGAGGCUACUUCAACUUGACGACCCAGAAACAUACAAACCCAGGAUUUCGGACCGGCAAGACAGUGAAAGCCAACAAAUCACCAAAGAGCACAUGCUUCGUCUAUGGUGGACGAUAGUCUGUCUGGAUAAGACACUUGCUUCAGAACUUGACUUGACGCCAGUGUACUUGAGCCCAUCUCUGGAGUUGCCGUUGCCGUCUUCAGAAGGUUUAUCAUCGAAGGACGAGGAGGAGUUCUUCGAUUUGGAGCUAUUGCUGGUAGAGAUUCAAUCUCAAAGCUAG